AUGCCGACAGUUGGAUCCUUCAGAUCAAUGCAUUCCAGCCUCUCAGGUUUUAGCACUGCCUUUGAACAACUCGGGUGUCCCAUUGUCACUGCGGUCGAUUCCUGUGAGCUUGCUGUCCGUGCUUAUCAGUUGAAUCACUCGAGCCACGUGAUCUGUGGUGAUAUCUCCUCGGUUAAUGUCCUUUACCAGAUGCACCAGUGUCAGCUUGAUCUUGAGCUCAACCCUGCAAUCGCAGCAGGCUUCCCAUGCCAACCUCUAUCCCGUCAGGGAUCACAGAUGCGACAAUGGGACAAUCGAAGCAAAACACUUGGAGCCAUCUUGAAAGCAUCAUACAUGUUGCAGUCCGCUGGACUAUUCCUAGAGUGCGUCCCGGAAGCCAUGACAGAUGAUUCCACUCAAAGACAGCUUCAUGAGUUUUGCCAGUUGAGAAACUUUACCAUGUCGCAAAGGAUCAUGCAUCUUCACAAUUGCUGGCCUUCUCGUCGCUCCAGGUGGUUUUGUGUGCUGCUUCCGUUCAACUUUGGUUCUGUGUCCUUCCCACCUUUGCCUGUGCUCCCUGACCCACCGUCAGUGAUGAAACUCAUGCCAUACUCUCCUUGGCCGUCCUGGUCAAUGAAGGAUGAAGAACAGCUCAAGUGGACUGCAAUGGAGGAACAGGUCUAUCGUGACCCACAGUAUGGCUCUGUAGAUCGCACAGUGCAGGCCCAACAGCCCUUGCCUACUGCGUUGCAUACUUGGGGGAAUGCACUGUAUGGAUGUCCGUGUGGGUGUCGGGCGACUGGACUUAGCCCAAGGACCUUGAGAUCAGGUGGACUCCGUGGACUUGCCAUCGUUUCUGGUUGCUGGCCUCAUCACACAAGACACAUCCAUCCCAAGGAACUUCAGCUGUUCUUAGGUUUCCCACCUUUUGAAAAGACGUUGGAUGAUUGCCGUGCCCAGUUGUGUUUGUUUGGUAAUGCGGUCGCGCCAUUGCAGGUGUUGUGGAUUUGGUCACAUGUCAUGCAGCAUCUUGGACUUUUCCACGAAGGGUCAAAUCGCAAUGAAAUCAUGACAAGGUACAUUGACAUGAUUCUACACCAAAGGGACAUUUCGUGGCCCAGUCCAUCAGUAGGCUCUGGAACCCUGACUUUGUGCACAGGUGACGCAUCCAUUGACAUCCGAUUUCAUACGGCUCAGACAGUCAGUCAGCUUUUGACAGCUCAAGCCGAACUUGAGCAGACUGCAGACGUGAUGUUUUUGAUGUGUGAAGGAUGUGUUCUGCCACAGUUUGCAUUCUUGCAGGAAAGGGUAUACACGAUCCACACAGUUCCAGUCCUUGCCGCUUCACCACAUGUUUGGGUUCCGGUCAUCGUCCUCUUUUUAGGGCAAACCAAUGUCUGUUGGGUACCACCGAGUUUGAAUGUUGGCCAGCUCCUUGCGUGGCAUGGCAUCUUUCAGUAUGCCAAGGUGUUGAACGAACAUGACUAUGAAGUUUCCCCACAUGAAUUAGUCAGACCUUGGCAGGUCAUUAUCGUUCAGCAGGAUCCAGAUGAUGUUGCAUUCGACCUCAGUGUGACAGGCUUUGGACCACUUAGUGAUAACUUGCCGAUUGGACUUUUGAAAAUCACGGAAUCAUGGAUUUGCACUGGACUUUGGCACUUGGAUCAAUUGAUCAAAUCGCAAUUGUUGGUCACUUGGACGGGGCUGGACUUUUCCCCACUGACUGUUUGGUUGCCAUCUUCUGCUGCGGCUGUUUUGGAGCUUUGGCCUUCCACGAUGGACACACAGAUUGCAUGUUGGCUUUCUCCUCCUGAGACACAACUGCAUGCAUUUGUGUAUGAACAAUGGGGUUGGAGUCUGGUCUUUUUCAAUCUCACUGCUCGAUGCAUGCAAGUCACUUUCUUGGAGCCUGAGGGACACCUCGCUGUCACUUCGAGGGUUGUUGCGCGUAGGGCCUUUGGGGUGAGCAAUCGCCAACAUUUUGUGGAAUCUGUCAGGAAAACCCCGAGAGGAAGUGGUGAAUCGACUUCCCUUGAUGCUGUCAUGCGUGCCUUUCAUCAGGAACUUGGCAUCACUAGUGCGCUGAUCUCAGACUACAUAUGUAAGACUGCAGAUUUGGCACAUGGAUUGGAUUUUGGACUUUCACCCACUGUGCCUUUUUCUCUUGACAGCAGUUCCGUGCAUCCGACAACAUCCGUAGCAGUCACAGAAGAUCCGACCAAACAGGGUCUCACUGCCAAGUUUUUGCUGCGUUUUGCCAAAGCCUUGGUGACCAACGCACCAGGCAAAGCACAGGUAGGACGUAUUCAGGUCAUCCAUCUUGAUCAGCAACUUGGAUUUUUGCAGCAGUGUUCGAUGCGAACAUGGGUUGUCGAUCAGUCGCCCUUGUCCCUUUUUGUGUUGGUCAAUAGGCAUUGGACUUUUGCCAAAUGUGAACUGAAAGGUGCACAUCUUGAAGUGCGUGUUUUUGAUGGCUUGGCACAUACAUCACUUUCGUCCUUAGCGCCUCUUUGUCUUUCGUUGAAGAAAGCAUGGAAUGCGGAAACCAUUUCAGUAUCGACUUCAUGGAUCAUUGAGCAGUCACGAGGUGAUUCUUGUGGCACAGUCGCACUCGGCCAUUUUGCCUUGCUGUCUGACUUGAUCACAUAUGAGCAAGCCAUGCACUUUGAGCAGUUGCACUCAUGCUUUGCAGUUGGUAGCUGUCUCUUGGGACCGUGUCGUUUGUCCGGGUUUGGUCCUGAUGAUCGGUCAGUCGCAGCAGACCUUGCCAAAAUCUUGCCAAGCAAAGGAGUGCCUGAAGAUCAAUUGAAAGAACGUACGCAAGCAGCACUUAAAGCGUUUGGUGCUGAAGCCAUUGCAAAGGCCCUUCGGACCAACAACCCAUGGGCAAGUCUCAAGCAGCUUGGAAACAGCAGACCACGCCCAUUUAUGUGGGUGACGAAUCAAGAAUUGCAGAUGCACAUCCAAGAUCGUUCCCAGAAGGAAUAUGGAGUUCAGCAUGACACCAAACGCAAAAAACAUCAGAAGGAACAGAGAAAGCAGCCGUUUGCAGCACAUAGCAUAGAUCCAAACAGCUUGCUCAUGCCCGCAGGACUGCUUGUGACCAACACAGGUGAAGCAGUCCCACAGAUUGCUGUUGAUGCAGUCUGCAAAAAUGCCAGAGGUGUUGCUUUUGCCCUUCCCCAGGACGUGCAGCAGUUCUUGUCCGAUGGCAAAAUGAUUAGCCCUGAAGCUUUGUCAGUCCUCGUCAUUGGGUCUUUGCCUGCGUCAGCACCACGCUCUCUGCCCAUGCAUUCGAUCCAGGCACCAGCCAUUUAUAGAGGCACUGAUGAACCCAUUUUGAUUGACUGCACCAUCAUACAGCUUGGGGAUCAAGCAGUUUAUCAGAAGCAGAACCAACAAGCGCCAGAGGUAGCUGUCUUCCCAACUGCAGUUUUUCGAGUGCAUGUCUUUCGUGACCUGUGGAUUUCUGAUCACAGCUGGGAUGAUUUGGUAGCGAGACCAGUCAAGUCUUUAGUUGGAGCUUUUGACAUCUUGCGUUUAUGCAAAGAUCAGGAAUGCCAAGGUUUCUGUGGACUUUGCCAUCCGUCCUGUGAAGAAGAAGGCAUCGAGUCAGGAUUGUUGGACAUCUGGGCAUUUCAUUGGCAUGCACUUGAUGGUAGCAAGACUCCACCUCCCAAGUCAGAUGUUUUGUCAAUCUACUUUCGGGUCCCGGAAUCCAGCUUCAGGGCGCUCCACGUCCUUUCCGGCACACAUGGAGUUUUCUUUGAGCCACGCCACAGUGACAAACCAGGACCAGACGACAGGUAUGCAGUCGUCUGGUUGCCACUGUGCACUCUAUCUGAAGCCAUGCACAGGGUCAAGACACUUGAUGAAGGCAUAGCUGUUUGUCACCUAGGCAGUAAAUAUGGCAUCCGAUGCCUUGUCAAAGAUCAGGAAGACCUGCAUAGGAUUGUCAACCCUACCAAGCCUUUUGUGAGUUGCAACAUCAAGCAGAUCUUUCGCGUCGAACCAUUGCCAGCAGGUACUCAAAGGCAAAGCCUUGUUGACACGUUGCAGGCCGUGGGGUGGAAAGCCAAACCUUUGCAGCCGUGCAGGGGCUCUCAGGGCAGAGCAUGGAAUGUAGGGGCAGAAGACGCUCCCCCUAGCCCUUUUAUCGAAACUCAGCAUGGUUGGCUUAGUGUCUCGAAAGUCAAAGACACUUGGACUCAAGCUAAGCCUCAGGAGAUCAUUGCGACAGUGCGCACACGUCAGCACAUGACAGCAGCCAGCAGUUCCAGCGCUCCCGCAGCACAAGACCCUUGGCAUGCACCUGGGGGAGACCCUUGGGCGGGAUACAACAAUAAGAGCCCAGUUGUCGCUCCAUCACAGCACGUCCAGAAGAAGAUCGAGGAUGUUGAGCAAAAGUUGACAGGGCAUGUGCAAGCUGCCAUUGAUGCACAGGUUCAACAGUUCAAGGGAGAUGCAAAGGCACGUGACAGGCUGACAAAUGUUGAGCAUCAAAUUCAAAGCAUCAUUUGCAAUCAGCAAAAACUUGAGAACUGGGCAGUUGAAAGCAGUUCCAAAGUUGCCGCCAUCCAAGCUGAUCAGGCCACACUUGGCAAGGCUGUCCAACAGUGCCAACAGACGGUACAUGAGCAAGGUCAGGCUCUUCACCAAGUUGCACAGGAGGUUGCCACAUGCACCAGCACCAUCACCAGCCAGGGGCACACAUUGCAGCAAGUUGCACAGGAUGUCACGGGGAUCCAAAAAGAUUUGACGACUCAGUUGGAAAGCUACUUCAGCAAGCAAGCAGCCACCAUCGAAGCUUUGAUCGAGUUGGUGAUGUUCCUGGUGUUGUGCCUGACUCCUUCCUUGACCCGCCUCAAUGGCUUCUUCGGAGUUGUGUGGGUGCGCCCGCUCCGUAUCGUGUUGGCUCUGGUGUCGCUGGUUCCUGGUCCAACGUUCCCAAAUGCAAGGGCCUUGUCAGAAGAACUUUUGGCUCCGAUCACGGAGAACUUGGUUUUUGGCAGAGAAGGACCCAGGGCCAUCGUGGGUGACUUCAACUGCGCUGCAGGACAGUUGCAGCAGAUGCGUUUGUGGCAAGCCCAAGGCACCAGGACACCUUUCACUCAAGAGCAGCUUUGUGGCAAAGCAUUUUGCGUGCCCCUGGAUUUGUGGGUGGUUUCAGUCAUUGGUGGACACGUAGACCUCACCAACAACAAGGGGAGACGACAGGAAAGUUGCCAGGCCAAAAUGCAAGCCAGCACCAAGAGCCUUUUUGCGGUUACCCGGAAAAGUGCCAAAUAUGCCCUAGAUUGCCUGGAAGACAAGGUGUCGCAGCCCAUCACUGUUGUUGACCCCAGUAUUGGACUUGUCUCGGUAGCAUCCUAUUACCACCUGUCAGUGUCGCUGAUUGGCGUAGGGCUGUUCACCAGUUCAAGACCACGGCUGCCACUGGACCAUGCGGGUGGACUAGGCACGCCAGUGCAUGGACUUGUCGCGGAUUUGAUCAAAGCCUACAACACCUUGCCACGCAACCCCACUUUUGAUUUCUUGAGGGUCCUCGGUGAUUGGUGGAAGCUUUUUUCUCAAGAAGGUUCGAAUCAAGAAACACAUGGCCCUUUUGGUAAGCUCAUGAACCUAUUGGCUGACAUCAAGUUGCAUAUCGAUGCUGACUGUCGACUGUGGUUUUCCGAACAUGGUUUCAUCAGUGUCUUGCAAUGUUCUGAGUCAGUUUUGGAACGGAUCUUGGCUAGGUUUUUUCAGGACAGACAGGCAGAAAAGUUGUCAAGCCGAGAGGGCUACCAGGGGCUCCAGUUUGGAUGCGAGGUCGACAUCACGACCAGUUCCGAUCGUCACUUUUGUCUUCAAGAUCAGGCGCAUUUGAUGACGGCCCGAGACGGGUCGUUCAUCACCAAUGACAUCAAGUCCAAGUUCGACAGCAGGUUAUCCGCAACUUGUGUGUGGUGCAACAAAACGGACAACAGGCUUCAUCGAUAUACUGAGUGUAGCAAGUACGAUACUGUCAGGGCCGAACAUUGCGCUUUGUUUGAAGACUGGGAUGAGUUGCCAGCUUGUUUUCGCAGCCAUGGACUAGUUCCACAAAAUCCGUGGCAGGUUUUGGUGUGGGAGGCGUUGAUUACACUGCCUUCACGACUUUACGACUAUCAGUUUUCCCCUACUGGAUCCAUCAUACAUUGCUUCACAGAUGGCUCUGUCGCACAGCCACAAAGUGCGGCGGAUUCCUUGGCCUCAUGGGCAGUUGUGGUUGCGAACGUUGGGCCACUUGCGUGGGGUCCACUGCCAGGCAUUCAACAGUCCAUUCCAAGAGCAGAGGCAUACGCAUUUUUGUGUGCUGUCAUUUGGUGCGAGCACUUUGACGGAACAGUGCACAUCUGGAGUGACAACCAAGGUGUGGUGGACCAUGCAAGGGACAUCUUGCGUGGCAUUUUCAAUCCAGAAGAAGUUGAACACGAGGAUAUUUGGCGUAGCAUUCAGGAACACAUGAUGCACACAUCUGCAGACCUCCAGAUACAUAAGGUUGCGAGUCACGACAGGGAAUGUCAAAGUGAAUCCCCUGUUGAAGAUUUCUUUCGAAUCUGGAACAAUUGUGCUGAUGUGCAAGCGCAUGCUGCGAACAUGAGUCGCCCUGCGUAUUUCCAACGAAUCUGGGAGCAACAUCAGAACUUCAGACAGACUUGGAAGAAACGGGUAGAGCAGAUCACAAAGUUUCAAAAGGCCAUCGCUGACAUAGAUUGUGCAAAAGGUUGUUUCGUGUUGGCCGUGGUCCUGUUAGUGUUCGAGACGGUGAGUUUAAGUUCCAGGUUGUCACUUUUGCUUCUGAUUUCACGUAUUUCAAGGGUGUUUUGA